AUGUCGCAUAAAUUAUUUUACUUAAUUGCGACAUUAAUUGUUCAUUUGUGUUUGGUGAAUGCGGACACUCCUGCUAAUUGUACAUAUGAAGAUGCUCAUGGUCAAUGGAUCUUUCACGUUGGAGAUUAUGCAUCAAAGUGUUCUGAAAAUUUGAAACCGAAACAGUCUAUCACUAUCAAUCUUUUAUAUCCGGAUAUUGCUAUUGAUGCAUUUGGUAAUCGAGGACAUUGGACACUUAUUUAUAAUCAAGGUUUCGAAGUGACAAUAAAUCAUCGUAAAUGGUUAGUUAUAUUCUAUUACAAAAAAAAUGGAGAUUAUAAUUGUCACAAAUCUAUGCCAAUGUGGACGCAUGAUACUUUAAUUCGUCAAUGGAAAUGCUUUAUGGCAGAGAAAAUUGGAGUACAUACCAGCCCCAAGACCAACAAACUAAUUCCUUUCAAAGGUUUUGGUAAUACACUUUAUCAAGUUGACGUCGAUCUUGUGAACCGAAUAAACACACAUCAAAACUCAUGGCAAGCAACAGUUUACCCUGAACUGUCAAAGUACACGAUGGCUGAAAUAAGAAAUCGAGCUGGUGGUGUAAAGUCUUCACUUUCUAGACCUGCGACAAUGUUGCACAGAAGCAAGGCAUCAGAAGAACUUCUUGCGUUAACUAGAAAUCUCCCGACAGAAUUUGAUUGGGUCAAUCCACCAAAUGGUCUACGUAGUCCUGUUACACCAAUUCGUAAUCAAGAAUCUUGUGGUAGUUGUUAUGCUUUUGCAUCUGCUGCUGCACUUGAAGCUCGUAUUCGUCUAGCUAGCAAUUUCACUCUACAGCCUAUUCUAUCGCCUCAAGCUAUUGUUGACUGUAGUCCUUAUUCUGAAGGUUGUAGUGGUGGUUUUCCUUUCCUGAUUGCUGGAAAAUAUGCUGAAGAUUUUGGAUUUGUACCAGAAGAUUGUGAUCCAUAUACUGGUAUAGAUGGCGACAAAUGUCCUAUAUCCAAAAACUGUACUCGAUAUUAUGCUACAAAUUAUGGUUAUAUUGGGGGUUAUUACGGGGCGACUAAUGAAGAACUUAUGCGAUUAGAACUUGUUAAUAAUGGUCCAUUCCCUGUUGGAUUUGAAGUAUACGAAGAUUUUCAAUUUUAUAAACAGGGUGUCUAUCGUCAUACAGGACUUCAUAGUAAUCGAUACGGUUUUGAUCCAUUCGAGUUGACCAAUCAUGCUGUUCUAUUAGUCGGUUAUGGUGUGGAUAAGUCAACUGGUGAACCCUACUGGAAAAUAAAAAAUAGUUGGGGUCCUGGAUGGGGUGAAAAAGGAUUCUUUCGAAUUCUACGUGGAGUCGAUGAAUGCGGUAUAGAAAGCUUAGGUGUUCGAUUUGAUCCUGUCCUAUAA